AAUGUUGAAUUAGGUUUAAAUGAUGCAUUUGAUAUCAUUGUUGUUUGUUGAAAAUAACAGGAUGAUUUGUUGCAGUGAUGUGUACCUUAAAAUAAUUUAAAUGUACAUUCCGUGUAUUUUAUGGUAACAUAAUUUAUAGCGAACGGUAAUGACCGAUACCGUUCUAAUAAAUGGUCCGGCGACUGUCGGCCUCUUUCAACGCGAACCACCAAGCGAGUAACAUCUCCUUUUACAACAGCUCCGAAACCCUUCAAGUAUUUAUUAUAAUUUAGUUAACCAAUCGUUCCUCCGCGAGUAUCUCCGUUCGGUUCCGUCUACCUCAGCCACUCUUGCCGGUUAUAAUAUUGGCGACGAGGAAAAUCUACGAAAAGUGCGCGUGUGAGAAAAAAAAGUGCUGUUCCCCGGGCGAUUGCCGGAUAGGCAGUGUGCAGUUUUGCCUCCGGGGCGGAGCGCGAUUUAAACAGCAGCGAUAGCGGCGAUUGACGGCGGACAGGUUUUCCCCUUUGAAACUUAAGUCCGUGGAAGGGUAUUUACCGGAGCACAAUAAAUUUUCGGGUUUGGUAUUAUUGGAUUGUGGUAAGUUGUGUGGUGAUAUUGUUUCCGUGAUAUUGUUUCUUUUAUUUGAAAUUCAUAUUUAAAUAGUGAGAAAAGUGAUUUUUUUAUUUUGGUAUACAUUGCUCGUGAAAAAGUGCAUUGUGUUGAGUAACAAUUAGACAAAAGGCCGUUUAUCGCAUUAAUGGCGGAUACGCCUUAAAUUGAAACGGUUUUGAUAUAUUUAUUUGGUGAUUUUUUAUUUUUCUUGAUGAUCAAUGGAAGUAUGUUGCUUUUGAUAAAUUGUGCGCAAAUUAUUUAAAACCAAUUGAGAUAUUUAAUUUAAGGUGCUUAUAUGGUACCAUUUUAACAAAUUAUUUUGAAACAUUAAUCCGAAUUAUUUUGGGUUUAUUAUUUUAUAAAAUUUUAAUUAUUGGUUGGUUUUAAUAGCUAUAGAGAUUAUGUCGUACGUAGCAUCAAACAUCGAUCCGUACCGUAAGGGACAAUCUUUUGCAUCAUGGUUUAAGCGGUUAGGGUACCAUUUUCGUAUCAACAAAGAUAAAUUGUUGGGAAGACAAGACUGAUGACUCAGACCAAGGUGAAUUACAGUGCAUGCAUGUUUCUUCCAUUAACAAAAGUCAUCCAUGUUUACUAGAACUAGCUAUUCAAGGCAUCAAUAUGCAGAUGGAGAUUGAUAGUGGCUCCGACGUUUCUGUAAUUGGAAAGAAGCUAUUUUUGGCUAAAUACAAUGUUCCCCUUCAGAAAAGUUCUAAAACUUUAAUAGUGGUAAACGGUUCUUGAUUGAAAAUUGCUGGUGAAGUUAUAGUUUCGGUUAUUUUUCGGAAUAUAAAGGCAAAAUUAAAACUUCUAGUAUUGGAUAGUAAUCAUGAUUUUGUUCCUUUAUUUGGGAGAACCUGGUUGGAUGUUUUCUUUCCAAACUGGCGUAAUAGUUUUAAAAAACAAGUAACUGGAAACAGAAUAAUUGAACACAAGAACAACGACUUAAUGAAUUAUGUCAAGACUAAAUUGUCUGAUGUUUUCAUCAAAGAUUUUUUGACUCCUAUUAAAGGUAAUGAAGCCGAGAUGGUUUUAAAAUUCGACACACCUAUUUAUAGGAAAGCUUUUGACGUUCCCAAUGCAUUAAGGGAUAAUAGUGCCGAUAUUUGUUUGCGAUUCCCAUUGGAGCAGUCAGUUGCUGAUUUGGACAAAAAUUUUAGUGCUUGUGAUACUUCUGCUGUUAUGACAGAGCAACCAAAACAGUUGAUUAAUACGAAAUGGAUUCCUUCCACAAAACUUUUUGGUAGAAUACACCAAGGAUUUUUCUACUACAAACAUCACGUUCAUUUAUUGAACGUUGAUGGCUUUUCAAAUAAGAUGGAAGUUGAAUGGAUGAAAAAUAGAAAGGAAUGUGAAAAGAUUAUAAAACUACUGUUAGCAUAUUUGGCUAAAUUUGGGUUUCCAGACAGAAUGUCAGGUAAUAGUCCGUUAUUCAAUCCUCAUGAUGUCAAUAACUUUUUUGAGAGGCAAGGAAUAUGGGUUUUAAACAGUCCUCCGUAUAAUCUUGCUAUUAAUGGCAAGGCAGAGAGAAUAGUUCGUAUGGUUAAGGAUGUAAUGAAAAUGUUUCUACUUGACCCAAAAUGCUCAUACGCAAAAUUGGAGGAUCUAAUUGGACUAUUUUUAAUAAAUUUUAAAAAUGAUAUGACAAUGGAAGGAUUUAUUUCUUCUCAGAAGGUUUUAGGCUAUACUUUUAAAUUGUUAAUCUAUAUGAUUAAUGUAAAGCAAUACAACAACAACAGUAAAGUACCAUUAAUUAGCUGUGAUUAUCUCAAUGAUGAAUUAAUUACUGGAUCUAAUGAUGAUAUUGGCAAAAAUCAUAGAAAAGAUCUUUUGGACAGCCUGAUGGCUGAUGAUGCCUUAUGGUACAGGAACAGUAACCCUCAGGACAAAUGGUUGUAUGCUAAUUUUCGUAAACGUAUUUGUAAAAAUAUUUUACAGACUACAGUUGGAGGCGGAAUGACUGCCACGGCACUCCAAAGUCAAAUGAAGGCCGUUGGCGAUGCGCACGUCCGGAGAUGUCAAUCGAUGAUGGUACAUGUAGAUCCCUAUGUCGAUGAUCCCGAUCCAUUACCACAACGAGGAACGCGUGUCGAUGAGGAGUCAGCGAAAAGCCUUUCCGGGGAUUCUCGGAGUCAGCAUUGUGGGGGUUCCAGUCGCCGGUCAAGCCGCAUCGAAAGAAGAAUAAGUAAAUCGAAUUUGGCGCUCGAUGGCCUGCCAAGGUAUUCGAAAAGAAGAAAUUAUAUCAGAUGUGAUCGAAUAAUUGUUUGGUAAAUAUUUGAAAGUUACGUUUCCUUCUCAAGUCUUAUAGACUAUCGAAAGUCUUGAAAAACGGAAGGAUUGAUGUGUACCUUAAAAUAAUUUAAAUGUACAUUCCGUGUAUUUUAUGGUAACAUAAUUUAUAGCGAACGGUAAUGACCGAUACCGUUCUAAUAAAUGGUCCGGCGACUGUCGGCCUCUUUCAACGCGAACCACCAAGCGAGUAACAUCUCCUUUUACAACAGCUCCGAAACCCUUCAAGUAUUUAUUAUAAUUUAGUUAACCAAUCGUUCCUCCGCGAGUAUCUCCGUUCGGUUCCGUCUACCUCAGUCGCUCUUGCCGGUUAUAAUAGCAGCAUGUUAGUGUGUCCCGAGCUCCCCAUUGUAUGCGGUUUGACUAGUUGUCAAAAUAUGAAAUAGAACAUAUAGUAGAUAUCUAGUGCAUAGAAAGUUCUAAUGCUAUAUUAUUUGUUAUGUGAAGCACAGUUAGCGGAGUCGAAACUUGUAGUGGAGCAUGAAACUUAAAUGUAAGUAGAUUUGUAAUUACAAAAUCGUAACAACUAUUUAAAGCAAUAAAGUUGCAGUCUUGAAGCUGCCAAAACCACAAGCUGCUAUCAAGAGGUCUUCAUUGCUCCAGAGAAUCAACGCUAACAAACUUCAAGAAUUUAAUUUUAACCAAAGCUGGAGCAGCUAUGGGGCAUCCCGACGGUAAAAGUAGUAUCCGUAAAGAACGGAUGAUGCAUCGAUUGAAGUUACUGGAGGAACAACAUCAGCAGCGAAUGUCACAGUAUGAGGAAGAGAGUCGGCGUUCACGGGAAGAAUACCAACGGAAGCUGGAAGAAUUGGAGCAGGUUGGAAAGCAGUCUAUCAGUAGGGUACAUCUGUUCUACAAAACCA